GUGUCAGGCAGCGAGGACGUCGGCAGCAACAGAAGCAGAAGAUGAUGAUGGAUCUGUCAGUGCUUCCGAAUAAUAACCACCCCGAGAAGUUCCUGCAGCUGGACGUGAAGAACUUGGCGACAAGUCCAAGUUUCAUGCAGGCGGGCUUUGCAGCGGGGGCGGCUUUAUCUGGGCAGCGAAACUGGCAGAACCGCGUCUACCUUCAGAGAGAAAGGAAAAAUACAGACAAGGACCAUGGAAACGGGUCACCAGAAAGCAGCCCAGUACUGCUGGACAAGUUUCUUGGGAAACACAUCACACCCAUCACCCUGAACUCGAAAAUCAAGAGGAAUCCACUUUACUCAGAUAUGAGGACAACAGACGAGUUGGACACGAGGAAGACAAAGCCUUCAUGGACAAUUCAAGAAUAUGACCGCCAUUCAGUGCAUUCGAAUCUGGUAAACUACUUGAAGGAAGACCCAAACGAGCUGCGCUUUUGGAUGGAAGACCCUUAUACACCUGGCUAUGACUCCUUACUGAAAAAGAAGGAGAUGGAAGCGAGGCGAGCACAAAUCUGUAAAUGUGUAGCCGUGGCCUCAGGACUUGUCCUCAUUUUGAUUGUUAUCAUCACUGUUUCUGUUCUUGUCACGCUCCACAGACAAUGAUUUUAUGUUAAUUAAGCAGAGGUUCUCCAGUUUUAAUCUCGGUUCGGACAACACCAGUCUGUCACACAUGAGCUUGCAGUUAGUGUUAUGAUCCUGGAAAUGUAAAAAAUUAAAAGCAAUUUACUGUUUU